GAAGACCCUUACAAUGCGGAGGGACAGGAGGAACGAUAUGAGGGAGGCGAGGACUCGUUCCUCUAUCCUGUAGAAGCGAGGGAAGAGGAGCAUGACGCAUCAUUCUCGCAUACCUCAGAGGGCCUUGGGCGUAGUCGAAGCUGCAUAAGCAUGAACAACAGCAAUAUUCUGGAACAAUUAUGGCAAUCUAGAGGACUUCGGCGAUGUCACAUCUUCGUCGUGUGGAACUGACUGUCGUGCUGUUUAGAAGUAGAGAUUCACAAUCCUAAACCAAGCCAACGGACCUCAAGUAUGUAGUAGGUAAUGAGUCUCAAUCUCUUUUUGUUUUUCCACUCCUUGUCCUUCUACAACUUGUCCUCUUCUAACCCCUGCAGCAACAGGUCGCGAAAUGGUAAUGCCUUACAAAGGGGUUCCACAACGAGGUGCGCGGUGGCGCAAGAGCGAAAUGGGGUUCGUGUUUACCUCAGAGGACCAGGGGAUACAAGACCCAAAUGAGCAACGACUCCAUCGUGCUCAAAGUGGAGACGAGGUGUCUGACGAUUUUGAUGCUCAAAGAGGAGAUAUAAAGGCCUCUGAAGACUACUUAUCAUUGGAUGAAAGGCGCAUGGAGCAAGAUCGUGACGACGCACUAGGACAGCAGCAGGGUAGACGAAGUCGUGAGCGCCAUGGCCCACAACCACGACAAGGUUCGGAAGAUAAACGCGACUCCAUCAACAAAGAGUAUCAACAUCAACGAUAUCAAGGUGGCGAAAGGACAACAAAUAAAACGAGCAACUUCUUCUACAACUACAACAAACCAGCACGCUCCGAUCAUCAUGUCAAUCGAAGAAGCCACUCAAGGACCCCUCAACCAGCGCUAACGC